AUGAAAUUGGAAGACUUGCAAGGUGAGGCCUUGCAGCUGAAAGAGGCACAGAAAACCCUGAUUUGGUUUGCGACUGCCCUGAAGGGCAAACGUAAGAACCUUUUGAAGAAAGUGGAAAAGGCAUCCAACAACCUACUAUCCACCUGUAACAAUGCCCUCUCGGUAGCCAAAGACACUUUGGAUCAGACGGCAACGCAAUGCAAGAAAAAGGUUGCAACUGUAAUGAAUGAGCGGAAGCUACUUAAGUUGAUUGCGCAGCAACUGCUAAGCCUGCAUCUGCUUGUCGAUAAGAGCUCGACCAGGGCCACCACCGGGGUCGGCAAUAAUAUGCAAUGCAAGCACUUGCAUCGAAGUCACAUGGUGUCUGAGCCUAUCGCAAAUGCUAAACCGUUGGAAAGAUGGGAUUAA